AUGGCGUCGUGGGCCUGCGGCUCCCUGCGCCUUCUGGCCUGGCUGCUCCUGCUCCAGCCCCCCGGGGCCCGGGCCUCCUCGGCCGUGUCUUCCUCCCCUCGCCCGUCGGGGGCCCGGGGGGAGGCGGGGGCGACCUCCCCGGCCGCCCACACCACCACCGAGAGCACGAUGCCCCCGCUGCUGCCCUUCACCUCAGGUACCUUGGCAGCCCCGGGGCGGUGCCAGGCCUGGAGCCGGGCUCCUCUGGCCCCUGUUGGGGAUGCGAUGCUGCCGGGGGACGAGCUGUGCGGCCAUCCCAUCAUGAAAAUCGUGGGGGGAAUUGACACGGAGCAAGAGAAAUGGCCCUGGCAGGUGAGCGUGCGGGUGAGACAGGAGCACGUCUGCGGAGGGUCGCUCAUCGCAGCACAGUGGGUGAUGACUGCAGCCCACUGCAUUUUCAUCCGUUUCCGGUAUAAUGUCAAGCUGGGAGAUCGUAGUAUUCACACAACAAAAACAAGCCUGGUGGUUCCCAUCCAGAAAAUCUUUGUUCACCCUCUGUACUCAACAGACUUCACUAUGCAGGCUGAUGUGGCCCUUCUGAAGCUCCUCUACCCCGUGAACUUUUCUUCUACCAUCCACCCUGUCUGUGUUCCUUCAGAGACUUUUAAAGUGAAAGCUGGGAUCUCGUGCUGGGUGACCGGAUGGGGGAAAACAGGCAAACAUGGAUCUGUGACAGCGAUUCUCCAGGCCGUGGAGCAAAACCUCAUCUUUCAUGAGGAAUGCAACAAGAUGUUACAGGAGAUCAUGGCAUCGUCCAGGACUCUGGUGUUGAAGGGGAUGAUCUGCGCCUACAAAGGACUGGGAAAGGAUGCUUGUGCGGGAGAUUCUGGGGGCCCUCUGUCCUGUGAAAUUAAUAAGACCUGGGUACAAGUGGGGAUUGUGAGCUGGGGCAUUGGCUGUGGUCUAGAAGGCUAUCCUGGAGUUUAUGUGGAUACUAGCUUCCACAGCAAGUGGCUCAUUGCAGUGUUGAACCAGGCUACCUCUGUGAAUCCAGUGGCCACCUUCAUCUUGUUCCUGUGUCUGCUGACCUCGUGA